GUGCUGUUGUGAUUAGCAGAGCUUGAUUGGCUUAAAAAAGUGACUUCAAGGGAAACAAUUUCUCGCCUCGUAUCGAUAAGCUGAAAAACUAACUGCUUUUUCCUUUCUGUAGCGUCUUUUCAGACGUCUUCCAGGUAGCUAAGGGGGUGCUACAACACAAUCCCCCUCCUCCUGAGGCAAGGUAAGGCAAGCAACAACAAAAAACGGGGUGGUGCCCACCGGAAACACGACCGCCAGAGAGUUGCUCGAUGUUACCGAAACACAGCAAAAUGCCAGCAAUUAAGGACAGCCACAUCGUGAAGAUUGCGGUCGAGUAUGUGGACAACACGCCCCAGAUGUACCCGCAGCUGAUCGAGUUCGACCAGCGGCAACCGCUCGGUGCCAUCAUCCAGAACCUGUGCAGCUCCUGGGGCAUACCGGACGCGGAAAGCUACGCCCUGCAGUUCGACGGCAUCAACUACGUGACGGAGAAGAACCGGAACGAGGUGAAGAAUGGGACGGUGCUGAAGUUGCGCUUUUCGCCCUCGAAGACGACGAACGACAUACUGGAGAAGCUGCGCAGCGGAACGGAGGACGAGAAGGUGGCCGAGCUGAAGGAGCUGCAGGUGCUGAGCGCGGACAACACGUUUGCGCUCGAGUUUAUCAAGGAGCAGGGCCUGCGGCUAAUCAUUGCGCUGAUCGAGGACGGACAGUGCGAGGAGCGCAUACUCGAGCUGGCGCUCUGCUCGUUCGUGCAGCUGAUGGAGCACGGUACCAUCUCGUGGGACAUACUGGAACCGUCGUUCAUCAUGCGGAACGUGGCGUUCAUCAAUGGGUCCUCGAAGCCGGAAAUCAUCCAGUCGGCCCUGUCCAUCCUGGAGAACAUUGUGCAGAGCAGCAACAAGUACGCGCUGGUCGAGAAGGAAAUUACGCUCGAGACGCUGCUGAAGCUGCUGCGCGACGCAACGCGUACGCAGGUGCAGCAGAACGCAAUCGCGCUGCUGAACGCGCUCUUCAUUAAGGCGGACGACGGCAAGCGGCGUAUGCUGGCGGCGACACUCGGCUCGAAGCAGUACCGCAGCGUGAUCAACAGCGUCAUCACACCGACGAUGGGCGCCGAGAUGGCCCACCAGCUGUACGUGCUGCAAACGCUUACGCUGGGUCUGCUGGAGCAACGCAUGAAGACGGCAAUGGACGUGCAGGACCAGGACGCGCAGGAAAAGAUCCAGGAACUGCGGCGGAUAGCGUUCGAGGCGGAUGGGAUCGAACCGAUGCCGGACGUGACGGCCCGCCGGCAGCACGGUUCUUCCUACUCGAGCCACUACAAAAAGCUCGGCUUCAAGUGUGACAUCAAUCCGGCGCAGGACUUUUUCGAGACGCCGCCCGGCACGCUCGCCCUCGACUGUAUGAUCUACUUCGCGCGCAACUACACGCAAAGCUACACGAAGGUGGUGCACGAGAACAGCUGCCGGGCGGACGAGCACGAGUGCCCGUUCGGGCGCACCAGCAUCGAGCUGGUGAAGGUGCUGUGCGACAUCUUCCGGAUCGGCGAGUCGCCCUCCGAGCAGGGGCAGGAGUUUUACCCGAUGUUCUUCACCCACGACCACCCGUUCGAGGAGUUUUUCUGCAUCUGCAUCGUGGUGCUGAACAAAACGUGGAAGGAUAUGCGCGCCACGACGGAGGACUUUGUGAAGGUGUUCUCGGUGGUGCGGGAACAGAUCGUGCGCAGCAUCGUUGGGCGGCCGGCAAGCCUGGAGGACUUCAAGGCGAAGAUACACACGUUCACCUACAACACCAUCACGACGCUGCGCCAGCAGGAGCGAACGUCGCGCGAGGAGUGCGAAUCGACCGCAUCGGCCAUUGUGAGCUUAAAGAAGAAAAUUACCCCCGAGAUCAGAGCGCUUAUUAAGGAGCAGCGGCUCGGCUACUUGAUCGUGGGCACACGGUUCUGCAAGUACUCGGGCGGCAAGCGCGAGCGGGACAAGUACUGGUACGUGCGGCUGUCCCCCAACCACAAGGUCAUUCACUACGGCGACUGUGACGAGAAGACGGUGCCGACGCUGGAGGAGCUGUCGAACAAGCUGCCGGUGAUCGACAUCCGCCAGAUGCUGGUCGGCAAGGAGUGCCCGCACAUGAAGGAGAUGCGGUCGAAGAAAGCGUCUACGCCGCUCGGGUUUUCGCUCGUGCCGGAGAGCAGCGAACAGCCGACGCUUGACUUUAUUGCGCCGGACGAGGCCACGUUCAACUACUGGACCGAUGGUAUCAAUGCGCUGCUCGGGCAGCCGAUGACGAGCAAGCAGCAGGAGGAAGACUUCGAGACGCUGCUGUCGAUGGAGAUCAAGCUGCGGCUGCUCGACACGGAGGGGGUGGACAUUUCCAAGGAUCCACCGGCCAUUCCACCGGAGCCGGAAAAUUACGACUUUUGCUUCGACAGUUAAGCAGCAGGAGGCACAAGAGAGAAUGUUAAACCAAAGGUUUAUUUUGUAUGGCAAAUUUCCAAAAAAAAAGUUAAUGCCACUUAUUUUCGAGUAUCCAAAUUUAAUACAGGUUUAAAUUUUUGAUACUUUCUCCCUCCAUAUCUUCCAUAUCGUGCAGCAGAGGGAAAUGAAAAGAGGACGAAGAAAAAACGUUCAAUGGAGAGCAGCAAAGGAAGUAGUUAGGGCAAAAAACGAGGGACGAUCUUGUAGUAAAAGCCAAAUAUUCCACGCAAUAUGUUAUCGUAAUCAGUUCUACCACUAUUAUAACUAUGCUAAUGCUACCCUAUAUCCAACGUAUUCAACGCGCACAUGUGCUAUUUUAUUAGUUUUACGAAAGGAGCCAACGGAAUCGAUUUCGGAAAAUCGUUCCGUUCCGCAUUUACUCGACCUAGCUUUAAGACAAGGCAAUGAACAUUUUCUGUAAGCAAAUAGCCAAAAUUAUGUAAGCCUAUUUCUCCAUCCGAGAUACAUUACUGCAAAAUGUUCGGAAAUGUAAGCAAUGAGAGGCGCAAAAAACCCUCGGAUAUAUAUAUACGGUAAUAAAAGUAUAUACACUUUUUGUAUGAAAGUAAA